AUGCCCGGCUUCACGGCGGUGAACCAGCGGCAUCGGUCUGUAGAAGCAUCUUCGUCUCGCAUCCGGCAGGUUGAGCCAGUCGAACAAGACGUAGAGGAAGCUUCCCGAGUGGACAGAGCCUUUCGAGGUUCACAUGAAUCGCAGGAAGACGACCUUCCUGCACAGAUUCCAGACCGAGACUGGGAGAUCAUCUCAAUCAUCGACCGCAAAGAUGUCAACGGGCUGCUGCUGUAUCAAGUCCGAUGGGCAUACACGAAGCAUCCAACGGCCAUCCUUCACACUCGGCGCCGUGGAGAAGCGGUCAACGUCGAUGGUCAGGUCUGCAAGGUCCUGCGCCGUUCGACCACCCAGCCCGACUUGGAGACAGGGGAGCACACAAUGCCUCUUGAGCUUGUGGCGGAAUAUGAGCUGAAGGAUCCGAGACAGGCCAAUCGCCUGCAGCCGUCAUUUGCCCUGCACCGGGAGCCGUGGAAAUUUGAGCCCGAAGAGGAAGAAGACAUCGAGAAGCGCGGUGACAUUGAGGGGAAUGUCUUCGAGCCUGAGGUGGGCAUAGAUUACACCAUGAGCUUCCUGGAACAGGAGCCACGCCCAUACGAUCUCGGCCGAGUAGGGAAGCACCGUGCAGUCUAUGUCUACAUGGUUGGGGACGCAUGGCGAAAGACCUGCAGCCAUUGUGAAAGCUUCGACCAGAGUCUGCCGUUUGCGAAGUGCGUUACCCUCGAUGGAGCAUUGAUGGGUGCCUGCGCCAAUUGCGCAUAUCUGGGUCGGGGAAAAGGACGCAGUUUGCAUCACGACGUGAGGCCGGAACAUACCAUCAGGUGCACGGAAGCUCAUGCUUCUGGUAGUCCUACCUCCGCAUCGUCGUCUGCUAGCUCACCGAACGACAGCGCUGUCGAUCUAUCGAGUGAUUCGACAAUGAGCAGCUCUCCGGUGAGGAUGGGCUGGGUUUCGCCUUCGCCAACGCCUCCCGGGUCACCUGAGUUGGGCUCAGAUGACUUUCAAGGGAACGAUGUGCAUGAUCAGGAGCCGGGCGAUGAGAGGCUAGAUCAGCAAAGAUCAGACAAGAGGGCGAAAGCAAAGUCUGCCAGGCGAAAGCGGGCUGGAGAUGGUGAUCGAGCGGCUAGCCAGGGACCAAGCCAUAAGGUCAAGAAGCGUCGCUCCAGGAAGUGGAAGAAGUUUGUGAAGCGGGAGCAAUUCUCCUGCUCGUCAAUCCCUUCUGCUUCGCUCCAUCUUGACACCUGCCGAGGGGCGCCGUAUCCGUGCACCCAUCCAAUCGCAGGCUGCGAGCCACAGGUGAUCGAAGACGACUCCAUGUACCCGCCGCAUGUCGUCUUCAACGACAGGGUGUUUCGCAGCGGCCAAGCCAUGGACGAAGAGGUGCGGUACAUUCUGAGCCGCUGUUGGUGCGAGACCACAGAGUACAUUCAAGAACUGUGGGAUACUCAUCAGGCAUAA